AUGGCCAAGCAAAAACUACCAGCGGUCUGGAUGCGUGCAGGCACUUCCAAAGGCCUUUUUAUACAGCGGGAGCACUUACCGAAAGAUCUUUCACAAUGGGCCCAGCCUCUUAUUGCUGCCAUGGGAGCCGAUCCUCGGCAGCUCAAUGGUGUUGGGGGUGCCACCUCUACAACAUCCAAAGUCGCAGUAGUUGGUAUCUCAGAAAGAGACGGCAUCGAUGUGGACUACACUUUUGUUCAAGUAUCUGUCGGUGGAGGCAAGGUAGACGUCACUGGAAACUGUGGGAACAUGGCGUCAGGUGUUGGCCCGUUCGCACUUCAGCAAGGACUUGUCAAGCGGCCCCGCAAAGGCGAAAAGACGGUCGAUAUUCGGGUUUUCAACACAAACACAAAUAGAGUCAUCGUCGAAACCCUACAAGUUGACGAGAGUGGCGAUUUCCGAGAGGACGGCGACUACGCCAUGCCAGGGCUGCAGGGGAUCACAGGCAGCGAAGUCAAGGUCGCAUUCGUAGAUCCUGCUGGCAGCAUGACCGAUCAACUGCUCCCGACAGGCAACGGGUGGGACACUCUGGCGGUGAGAGGCCUUGUCGGCGACAGUACGGCACAGUCGAUGGUGAAAGCUACCAUGCUAGACGUGGCGAACCCGUUCAUCCUGGUCGACGCAUCAUCUCUACCUUCGGAGAUGCAGGAACCGGCUCGUGACGACAUUUCGUUCCUAGCAGCAGUCGAGUCUAUCCGCUGUGAGGGCGCCGUGCGCAUGGGUCUCGCAAACUCGCUCAGUGCUGCGGCCCUGGUUCGCGGGACCCCUAAGAUCGCCUUUAUAUGGGGGAAUGGGGAGGCCAAGCAUGCAGACUCCAGUACCGAUAUCACAGUUCGUUCAUUCAGCAUGGGCAAACCUCACCCCUCGCUGCAGCUCACGGGUGCUGUCUGUAUCAGCGCUGGCGUCUGCCUUCCCGGCACGAUUCCCUACAGCUUGGCUAGACAUGGCUAUGUCCUUGGCAAACAAGAACUGCCUCCGACGCCAUCUCGGACCCCUAGUCCAGUGUGGGCAGGCGAAGCUGGGUCGACGGCAUCAGAUUUCCGAAUUGACUCCGCUCAUACAACUUAUACAGUCAAAAUCAAGCAUCCCGCCGGAGAUGUGUACUUCUAG